UUGGAGAAGAACAGCGUUAUUCUAACGCACAAGUGCAAGAAACCCGCUAUUUUCCUGCUUAAUAUUCAAGCUAACUUCUUCUAUUGUCCAUUUCUUUAUAUUAUCGGGAAAAAAUCCCUAAUUUUCCAUCACUUUCCCUAAACAAAUAUUCCAGCAAUUCAUCAUAGUUUUGCUUUAUCAACAUUUGAAGGAUCUCACAAUCAAAUUUCAGGCACUUAAGUAUGUCGGGAGAAGUUAGCAAUAUUUUACGCUACCACUUCUUCAAACUCCUAGAUCCAUGAUGGGGUUGGGACGGCGGGUUAUUUUUUAUUGGGGUGAGGCUGGCUGGAGAAUCCCCUACAUGCAAGGAGAAGAGAAGUUAAUUCUUUCUCUUGGUGGAGAGAAUCAAACCUUUGUGAAUUAAAAAGUCUUUAACAAUUCCAACCUAAGAUUCUUCUUGGUCAGGUUUUGGAAGUAAAUGGAAUUAUGUAUUUGGAGCACCCUUAUCUUCUUCAAUUGUAUCGCCCUUGACAUUAAAAUGCAUAGAUAUCUAUGACCAGCUUCUUCUAUAUGAUUAUCAUGUUACAAAUUUUUUUGAACUGUAGGGUUUGUCUAUGCAUUUGACUUUUGAUAUAUUUUCUGCGUCUUCCUUCCUUUAGGAAUCAUCUAUGUUCCUUUAUUAUUGAACAAGAGAAUGUCUGGAUAUGUUAUCCUUUGAAUCUUGUUAAAUAGCUAGUUAUAUCUUACUGUUCAGUUUUGGUGAUACGUUUUAUUCUCUUUGCUUUGAUGUGCCAGCUAUUGGACAAGGGUAUGGUGCGCCCAAUUCAAGCCACAAUGCAUUUGGAUUUGGAAGCAAUGCAAAUCAGAAUCUAUUUGCUUCUCAUGCAUCAAGUUUUGGUGGAAGUUCAACUGGUGUAUUUGGCGGCGCACAAUCGCCUUUUUCAUCAGGUUCUUCCCGAACUUCAUGGACUCUAGGAUCAUCUUUAGGAGGAAGGUCAAUGGAUACAUUUGGAGCAUCAAUGCCUUGUACAUCAGCAUCCUCCAUAAGUUUGACUCAGGGAUCACUUUUUCCCGGUAAUUCACCAGGUGUAUUUGGAGCACAACUACCACCUAUUUCAUCAGCUCAGGAAUUACCUUUUGGUGGAAGCUCAACUGGUGUAUUUAGUGCACCGGAAUCGCCAUUUUUAUCAGAUUUUUCCCAAACUUCAUGGACUCUAGGAUCAUCUUUAGGUGCAAGUUCAACAAGUGCAAUUGGAGCAUCAUCACCUUUUACAUCAGCUUCCUCCACAAGUUUCACUCAGGGACCAUUUGUCAGUAAUUCAGCAGGUGUAUUCAGAAAACCACCUCCAACUAUUUCAUCACCUCAGGAAUCACCUUUUGGUGGAAGCUCAAAUGGUGUAUUUGGUGCACCACAUUCUUUUUGUGGAAGCUCCUCUGGUGCAUUUGGAUCACCAUCAUCACCUUUUUCAUCAGCUUCAAUCUUUGGUGGAAGUUCAACAGGUGUAUUUGGAGCACCAUCUCCUUUCUCAUCCACUUCUUCCUCAAUUCUAGGAUUUCGACAUGCAACUUCUGGUUCAGCACCAAUGUUUGGGACUAACAGUCUUGGAAGUGCAGGUCAAUUCAACUCUACUACUUCAAAAGGAUCAACUGGAGGGCCUCCAUUUACUCCAUUGUUGGGACAUAGGUCUAGUUCCUCUGCUUCAUUAUCAAUAGUUGGGGACAAGACUAAUACAGGUCAUACUAUAUCUGCCUCUAAAACAGCAGGGAGUACAACUGUCCCAAGUUUCCAAAUACAUAAUUCACCCUGCAGCGAAACUUCAGCUGGACCAUUCAGGAUAUCAUAUUCAUUUCUGACCUCCCCUCGCACCUUUACAGCUUCUGGAUUACCUACAAUGGUUGGUUUUACGAAUAAUAAGAGUAGCAAUCAGAUCGCAGGGCCUGUUUUUGGGCAAUCUCCAAGUGUUCUUGGAACAAAACCUACCAAUAUUUUUUCAACUUUGCAAACUACAGGGCCUAUCAUAUGGGAUCAAACAAAAGGAACCAGAAUCAAACCAUAUGAAUGUACUACUAUACAAGAGGCAGGCAAGAAUGUCAAGUAUACUUCUAUAUCAGCCAUGUCUACCUACGAGAGUAAAAGCCAUGAAGAGUUGAGGUGGGAAGACGCUGAGCUGAAUUCUGGAGGUCAGCAGAAUCCAGUCAGUAAUCGAACACAGGAAUUAAACAGACAACCAUCAAAAUUCCCUCGUUAUCCUGCCACCCUUGGUCCAUUCUUCCCAGUAUCUUCUAUGAAUAUGAAUACAAGUUCUAGUAUAAAGCCACUGCCAACUUUUAUAAAUUUUCCAAAUAAUCAAGUCAGUAACCAAACACCAGAUUUGGAACGACUACCGUCAAACUUCCUUUUGUCCACCCCAUAUCCACUCUUCACAGUAUCUUCGACAAAUGUGGGUUCAAGUACUAACCCAAAUGUUGAUCAUCUUUCUGGUUUAAAGCCACUGCCAACCUUUCCUACAAUUGACACUAAAAAAUCCAUGUUGGAUGCUUCAAAUUUGAACUCUUCGGUUCCACCACAAGUUCCCAUUACACCUUCGACUGUUGCAUCUCAAUUUUUAGCAACCUUGCCUAUUUCGAAUAAGCAGUCAUCACAAAAUUUUCAGUUACCAACUGAACCUUUACCUUUAUGGAACAAUGGGGGUGUUUCAUUUGAGUGUUGUCAGCCUCAGCCUGGUGUUUGUCCACUACCUCUACACAGGUCUUCUGCUACAGGAGAGGUCACAGAUCGCAUUGUAGCUGUUAAAGAUCCUUUCAGAUCUGAACCUGCCACCUCGCAGCCGUCAAUUGGUCAUUUUGUGUGUUCUUCAUUGGUUCAGCAUGGAAUCUCUAGCAUGCCAGUGUUUAAAGAACUUGUAAAACCAAGAAGCACAAGAGUUUCAUCUCUUCUUAAGUCAAGAAACUAUCGAGCUCAGCUGUUGGCAGUGAAAGUCAGGAAAUAUCACCCAAGCACUGAUGGGCCGAAGGUGCCUUUCUUUGAUCGGGGUGAGGAAACUCAAUUUAUCAAGGCAUAUAAUUGUGUAGUUCCAAGGGAGAAUCCUAGGUCGGUGUUUGCUGCUGCUUCAACUGAGCUAACCUAUGCUCGUACUUGCAAAGAACCUCCAAUUAAGAAUUUAACUGCUGUAGAUGAUGAGAAUGAAAAUGCUGAGAAAAACCCAAUCAACAGUUCAAUCCCCAACUCUCUCAAGGAUGAUCAGACUGAAGCCAAUGGCAAUGCAAAAGAAGCUCACACGCUAAUGAUUCCAAAGCUCCAACGCCCUGACUACUACACAGAACCCAGCAUCGAGAAGAUAACAUCUAUCGAAAGCUGUAAUCCUGGAUUUUGCUGUCAAGUAAAGGACUUUGUGGUGGGCCGAAAAGGCUAUGGCUGGGUGAAAUUUUUUGGAGAGACAGAUGUACGUGGCCUUAAUCUUGACUCUAUUGUCCAAUUCAAUGAUCGGGAGCUGAUAGUAUACGAUGAUGAGAGUGAGAAGCCUGCAGUUGGACAAGGCCUUAACAAGGCAGCUGAAGCUACUCUUCUUAAUGUUAUAUGCAUGGACAAGACAGGGAAACAGUACAGUAGCGGUAAGAUGGUCGACAAAUUUGUGGAGAAGCUGAAGAAGGUGGCUGAAAGGCAAGGGGCUGAGUUUUCCUCCUAUGAUCCUGUUGAUGGAAUUUAUAAGUUCGUCGUGCAGCAUUUUUAGCUGAGUUAAAUCAUAUAUUUUUUUUUCAAUGUUGUGUGAUUGUGUAAAAAGUUUUAGGUGUUUUUUUAUUGUGUAUGAUUUUGUAAAAUAGUUGGAAGUGUGAUGUGGUUUAAUUAGGUUGUUUGCUAACGUAUCUUUGAAUGUAAGUGAUCUCAUCAUUUGUACUGUCUAAUUCUAAUAAUAUUUGAAUGAAAGUUUACUAUAGUCAGCAGUUGGACUUUAACGUGGCCAUUCAAUUCACCUACAAUACACAAUUUCUUGAUCAUUUGGAUGUUUUGGCCCAUAUCAUCUAGAUCCUUCUAAAUUUUACUUACUGUUCAAUCCUCACUUGUGAUUCAUAGGCACUUAUGACUUUUAAAAUCUCUUUACCAUAUAUAAUCUUCAUUCUUAUAAUCCCAUCAUUUUUUCUACACACGUCUACUACAUCGUUUAGGGUUUACUCAUCCAUAAUCAUAAUGUUGCGCAAAUUGCGGAAGCGCUGUAGAAAUAAACCACAAAGAGAAUAAAGAUAAAAUAAUA